AUGACGCGGCGGAUGCGCGCACGCCUUCACCUCUCCCGAAUCCCCGUCUCCCGCUCUCGCUUCUCGCUGCAGUCACAUAUCUUCCACCGCGCACACAGCUCACGGAGAAAGCAAAAUAGCGCUGUAAAUGCGCACAGCUCACACGCAAUCACCCCGUCUCCCGCCUCCAGGACACCCGCAAAAAUCAAAUUUUCGAUUUGUGCCCGCCAGAUUUUGUUGCGAUCCGCCUUCGCCUUUUCCAGGACCGUAAGGAAAGGUAAGCUGGCGUCGUUGCUGCUGCUGCGUUUGAUCACCGCUCACCGCUCUCCAGGUGAGGAGAGCAUCUUCGAGCAUUCCGUUGCUAACCAUGCGCAGACCAGCAAGAUGACUAAGGGUACCACAUCUAUGGGUAAGAGGCAAAGCGUCAAGUCCCACGGGAUUUGUCGCCGUUGCAACGGUCGCUCAUGGCACUACCAAACACGCUCUUUCAACUGGGGUGCCAAAGCUAAGAGAAGAUCCACCACUGGUACUGGCCGCAUGAGAUCCCUCAAGUAUGUCCCAAGACGCUUCAAGAACGGCUUCCGCGAGGGCACCACCGCUACCAAGAAGGUUUCAGCUUCUGCUUAA